GGUACAUUUACUUGACUGGACUAUAAAAUAUCUUUACCAGCAUGAGUCAUUCUCUACAAUUUUGGUAUUAUAUUAUACAUGUCAUAUGCAAAAGGUGCUUUAUAAUGUCACAUCACAGUGAUGACAACAUGCUCAUAGCCACAAGUGAUUCAUUCUGGGAACCCGGCAACUACAAAAAGACUACGAAACGAAUUGAAGAUGGUUACAAAUUGUGUCAAGAACUAAUAUCAUUGGUUAGUGAACGAGCCGAUAUAGAAAGAAACUAUGCGAAAGCGAUGAAAGCGUGGUCGAAAAAAUGGAAUGACGCAAUAGAAAAGGGACCGGAAUAUGGAACUACCGAAGCAGCUUGGAAGGGAUCGUUAGUUGAAGCAGACCGGAGAUGUGAUUUACAUUCUAGAAUAAGAGAUAAAUUAGCCAAUGAUGUUGUUAAUAAAAUCAAACAAUGGCAAAAGGACAAUUAUCAUAAGUCUAUGAUGAAUAUAAAAGAAAAGAAAGAUAUGGAAGAUACUUUCAAAAAGGCGCAAAAACCUUGGACCAAACUUUUACAAAAAGUGGAAAAAGCUAAAACUGAUUACCAUACAGCGUGUAAAACGGAAAAAUCGGCUUCUAAUCAAGAAAGAAACGCGGCGGGAGACACAUCAUUUUCUGCUGAUCAGGUUAGGAAAAUGCAAGACAGGGUACAAAAAUCUAAGGAAGAAGUUCAAAAGUGUCGAGAAAAAUACGAAUUGGCGCUCCAAGAAAUAAAUCAAUAUAACCCUAAAUAUAUGGAGGAUAUGACAGUUGUAUUCGAUAAAUGUCAAGAAAUGGAAGCUCAAAGGCUUAAUUUUAUAAAAUCGAUUCUAUUUGAAAUACAUAAACACCUCAAUUUGUCUCAAGAUCCAACGUUAACUCAAAUAUAUGAAGAAUUUUAUCAUACAAUUAACAACGCUGAUUACGAAAAAGAUUUAAAAUGGUGGUCGAACAAUCACGGCGUUAACAUGGCAAUGAAUUGGCCCCAAUUCGAGGACUACACUGAAGAAUUUCGUGACAUCCACAAAGGGAAAUCCAAAGAGGCUUCUCCAUCCGGAAUCACUUUGAUCCAUCAGCGUCAAGUCGGAGAAGAUUUGCAUGAUUAUUCGUCUCAGAAAUCAAUCAAGAAAGAAGUGCCAAAUAAACCAUCAAAUAUGGUAACACAAGUUACUGAAGUUAAAACAACUGUAGAAACAAUCAAUAGUCCUUCUAAUACGAUCACGAACGGUUCCACAAAUAAAGGAAAUGAAUCUAACCCUUUCGAAGAAGAAGAAUGGGAAGAAAACGAUGCUCUCGUUGAUAAUGGAGAACCGGGAGUACCCGUUAAAGCAUUGUACGAUUAUGAUGGCGCAGAAAAUGACGAGCUUAGUUUUAAAACCGGAGACGUCUUUGAAAAAUUAGAAGAUGAAGACGAACAGGGUUGGUGUAAAGGCAGGAAAGACGGUAGAGUUGGUCUUUAUCCGGCUAAUUAUGUAGAAGUGAUUUCAAAUUAAGAAUGUAUACUCAUUGAAAGUAUUAUUAAAGAAAACUGUAAAAAUGUUAUAAAUUAUUGUUAUUUUUUUAGACAUAAGUAAAUAUAUAUGUACUACAGGUUUAUUUAACAAAUAUGAUUUUUAUUUGUAAACAACCUAAAAAGGGCUAACUAAUGAUGGUUCACCAUACUCGUUGUAUUAAAACAUCAAAAAUACUUUGAAAUAAACUAUUUAUUAAAUAAUACAAUAAGUAGUUAAACUUGGUUUCAAUAAUCCGAUGACUAUACUCGCCAAACGCCAGAAUAUUAAAUAAAUAAAAAAGUUGUAAUUAUCUAUAAGUCUGGUUGUUACAGUCACAUCUAUACAAAAUAAAGUAGGUAAUUUGAUACCUCAAAUGUAAUCCGCGAGGAUAUGUUAAUGGAGGGUGAAAAUAGGGAACAUUAUUGUAUCCUUCAACUAAAUGACUAAUUACACUUAGAAGAUUGCAUCUCUGUUUGCGUUACAUUCGUGCAAUGUUUUUAAAUUUAAAUAAUUUUAAAUGGGAAAUUAUUAGGUCAGUUAGACUUUUUAUAAUUAUUAUGUCUGGUGAGAAUAAUACCAAUUUUAACCUUGAGUAAAUAUAAUGGACAAUUGAAAUAGUUCACAAGGUUUGCUUUAUGUUUAUGAAAAAUUAGGUGUCAAUAAAUAUUUUGCUAUAAGUUCAAAGUUUUUCGUGACCAAUGAGAUGCAGUCAAAUCACUCUAAUUCAACAUCACAACAAAUCAUCAUGAAUCUUCAACUAAGUUCCUCUAUUUUUAGAAAUUUUAGAAACAUUAAACAAAAUAUUUUGUUCAUCAAUCUCGGUCUUCUUAUAAUUUUUCGUCAAAUUCACCUCUUCUUUUUUCACCCAUACGGGGUACUUUUGAUCAAUAAUUCUUCCAACUUAUCUAACUCAUAAACUCCUCCAGAUUCCUUUGAUAUUGACAGGCCUAUUUCAGAGAUACCUCGUAUCUACAUUAAAAUCACGUGACUGUAUUUACUUGAAUUCUAUCCAAUCUGGCAACUGUGCAACUUGAAUCCUAACCAAUCAACCUAUAGUUUUAUCUGGCAACUGCGCAGCUAAUAUAAUUUUGUGAGAACUCGUAUCUACGCCAGUUGAGUGUUUAUAAAUCUGCCUCUUAAGGACUUUCAGCAUAAAUUCCUAAUUUUAAGCCAGUUAGUGUUAAGAUAUAACAAAGUAUUAAUCACUUAAGAUGGAAAAUAUUCGUCCCGAACUAGGAAAAUAUUAGAAAAGCACUGAUGUAUCAAAUAAACAAGAUGAAUUGCCCUUAAAUUCAGAAAAAUGACUCCUCUUUAAAUACUAGCGACAUAAUAUUAAAUAACAAGACUGAUGUUACUCAAAAUGAUUUAUUACCAUUAGAACCUCAAGCUGAACAACGAAUAACAAAAUACCCAAUUAGCAUCGAUCUUAAUGAGGGGCUUGAGCAGCAUAGCCAAUCAAGAGAAGAUAAUCUGGAUAAGCAUGCACCAGAAUUAGAAUAACAUACACAAAUAGCGAAGAAGACAAGGAAAAUGAACAAAUAGAAGAAUGCACGCAAACAAUACAGGAACAACUUGACUGAAGUAGAAUCUUCGGAUUGGGAUGCUGUCAUUUCAAAUAGUAGAAAAAGGAAAGUGUAGGCAACUAAAAAGAACUGGAGUGAUAUCAACAGCAAAAAAUUGAGACAAGAAGGAAAAGCCUACGCCAGCAAGAAGAGGAAUAAUAAGGGAAGAAAGAAAAAUAGGGUCAGGCUGUAGUUAAACCUUGUGUAAGACGUCCAAAACUCGUAAAUGUCAUAUGAUCUGGGACCA